AGGCCUUUCCUCAUCUCCCAGUUUGGCAAACAUAUGUGUACACAUGUAUGUAUGUAAUUUUUCUUUUUUUUUAAGAUUUUUGGGGGGGGGCACCUGGGUAGCUCAGAUUUUUUUUAAAGAUUUUAUUUAUUUGUCCGACAGAGAGAGACACAGCGAGAGAGGGAACACAGGCAGGGGGGAGUGGCAGAGGGAGAAGCCGGCUUCCCAUGGAGCAGGGAGCCCGAUGCGGGGCUCGGUCCCAGGACCCUGGGAUCAGGACCUGAGCUGAAGGCAGACGCUUAACAACUGAGCCACCCAGGCGCCCCUGUAAUUUUUUUUUCAAUGAAAAAGCCUAAUGGUGGCGAUGUACCCUUCUGGGGGCUAUGGACAGUCAUUCUGAAGGACGGUCUGAUGACGGCUUAAAGAAAAAGCCCCUGCUCUUUAAGCCAGUAAUUUUGCUUCUAGGAAUCUGUCCUUAUUAACGAUUAGGAAAUUGGGAAAAACCUUCAUACUCACUGAUGCAUGUCCUUUCCUCGGGGUUAUUAACUUCUGAAGGGAACUGGAAACAACCUAAAUGCCCAGGCAGCCUCAAAGGGAGGCCUCAGAAACAUGUGCGACAGCUUGAUAACAAAGGCAGGUCUCCUGUUAGGAUGUUGAGCGAAAACAGCAGGAGCGAAAACAGCAGGAACAGCAGGGUUCCCAGAAGUACAGCUGAAUCACAAAUCUCGCGGAGGCCGUUAAAGCAGAGCUAAGGCCACAAGAGACAAGCGGCACCCAGCUAGGAAGGGGCUGCUUCUGCUGGGCAUGCCAAGGUACCAGGCCCUGGAUCUGGCCUGAUGGCUAACUCGCAGGGUCUGCAGGGAAAACUGAUAGCAUCAGAGGCAGGGAGGAAUUUCAUGCGCCAUGGGUUUAGUCCUCCAAGGCUGGUAAGUUCUUGAGGAAUGCCUGAAAGUCUUUGCGGUGCUUGGGAGCAAACAAAAGUGAGCAAGUCAAAUGUGCCUCCUGCUACUGUGGGUGUUAACAGGCCUGUGGGGUUCUGAGGUCAUCCUGGCUCCACAUCAAGGGUCACUCCUGAGCUGGGUUUCAGGGCAUUUGGAGCCAAUGUCCCUUUGUCCUUUCCCAUCUUCUCUGAGUCCCGCUGCUACUGGAAGCCACCUCAAAGAAGGGAGGGGGGUGACCUGCUGGCUGAAUCAGCCCUGCACUGUCCCAGCAGACACCGUGGCACUGACACCGAGCCCCAGGAGCAGGGCGCCACUGGCCCCCAACCACAUACAGGAAGUGCGCCUGCACCAGGUGGAGUCCAUCAGCGACCUCCACGGCGGAGGUUCGCUGCGCCCCUACCCGGCCGAGGCGGCGCAGCCAUGGGACGAGCUCCUGGGCAUCUUGCCACCAUCACUGUGCGCCCAGGCUGGCUGCGGCCCCAGGCAAGGCAGGGGAGGCGUCCUGGUGCUGCUGGCUCUGCUGGCGCUCAGCUGCCUGGCGCUCGCCAUCCUGGCCGUCUACCUGAGCGUUCUGCAGAGUGAGUCCCUCCGCAUGCUGGCGUACACCCUGCACACCCAGGAGGAGACGCUACUCAAACUCCGGCUUGCCAGCCUCAGCCAGCUGCGGAGGCUCAACUCCAGUGAGGCCCAAACACCCAGCUGAGAUACCACUUAGACCCGGGGCUUAGGGGGGUGUGGGGGGGGGGCGCGGGAAUAAAGUGGCCAAAGCAGGUUUCUCCUUACCCAUGGCUCCACACUGCUUCCUUGGUGAGGUUUUGUAUAAGAGACUAACCUGACCCCUCAGCUACCCGCCUCUCCUGUCUUCAGGCCAGGCCUGGCCAGGUUUUCUGGUGCCAAGGCCCUGCUUUGGGUGGCCCAAGGUCAGAGGAAGUUACACCAGCCUCCUGGCUCCUUCCAUGGCCUGUCAGCAGCCUCUGGCUUCCCGCAGACAGCAGAUUUAAGUCUAGAAAUAGCUGCCCCCACCCCAGUUGCCCAAACUCUGCCAGGCCUCCCAGUGGGGGUCCAGCCGCAGCACUCAAGCAGGCAGAGCUCCGAGUACAGGGAGGAGGGCCACCUGAGGAGACGGGCUGGGAGGGCAAUGGUGAGAUGGAGAUGGUGGGGGGAGGCC